AUACAAUCACAAAUCACGGCUCACACCGCCAGAGCGGCUUUCACACAAUAAACAACGUACACCCAUGCCUCGCCAAAGCCGCCAAGCCUCCAGCCCCGCUACCAAACCAUCGUCCUCCACCGCUGGAUCCUCUCCGCCGGCUGCUCCUACGGCUGCUUCUACCCCGCCGCCCGCGCGGGAACCAGGCUCAUCUGCGAGUGCUGGCUCAUCUGCCGGCUCGCCCGAGCAAGUCCCGGCCGACCGCGAGCUGCAAUACCUCUGUCCACGCACCGGUUGCAACACCAACCUCUUCUUGAAGGAAAACAUUCGCAAGGACAGGGCCGACUACCCCGCCUGCAGGAACUUUAACGCGGGAACCUGCGCGUGGACCGGCCUUUUGAUCAAGUACCCCGGAAAGGUCUGCUGGCUCUGCGCCUCCGAGUUCGAGGUCGGCGAAGUGGUGUGGGCACACACCAUCCCAGACGUGGAACGCCCGGCGUGCCAUAUUAACUGGUGCCUCAACGCGGAGGCCUGCAUCGUCCUCAAGGGGGACGGCGUCCCCGUCAACGUUAGGCUGGCCGGCGAGGACGACGCGAAUUGCGUUGGCAAGCGCUGCCGUGACUGCAAACGUGCCGACCCGACCAUACUGGACACGGACCAGUUAAUCGCCAAGUCCACCCAGCCCUUCCACGUGGGCUGUGCCGUGAAACACCGUCGGGAGCUCGCGUCCAUAUUUGUUGGAAUAAUUUCAGAGAAUAUUCAAAUAGCUGGUCAACCUCAACAAACCUACCAAAAUGUUCCGGAGUACCUCCAACUCAUGUCGGUUCCAACUGCCUACGCAACCCACGUCGAGAUUGCAGCUGCCCAACAGUUAUACAACCUUAACAUAAGAGUUACCCUCGUCGGCCAACCCUUUCCACCUCCUCCGUCCCAUGAUACAUGCGAUGUUUUGUACGGGGGCGAGCACUACCGAACUUUGCAGUUUCAUCCAUGA